GUUGUGCCGUUAGUGGUCUCCCAGCAAUUGCUGUCACCAAGUCUUUCCAAUGCUAUUCACAUCAAAGAAUGCUGCUAGCGGCCACAUAUAAAGCAGCAGACUUGCUUUGUGGAAAUUACUCCUCCACCAAGAUCACACAGAUGACUGAUCAUUUAUUUAAAAGCAAGGCCUUCUCAUCCGUGUACCAGCAGUAUAUGGUUCCUGUGUCCAGUGACGUCAUGAAUCUGAUUUUCUCAUAUUUGAAGGAGAAGAAAAGUAAACCGUAUGAUACAGCAGUCGAUGUUGGCUGCGGUACUGGGAGAUAUACAAUGCCUCUAGCAAAAAGGUUCAAAAAGGUUAUCGGUGUAGACAUCAGUGAAUCUCAGCUUGAGGAAGCCAAACAAUUCUGUUCCUUGGAAAAUGUAACUUUCCAGGUGGCUGCUGCUGAGAACUUACCCCUAGAAGAUGCAUCUGUGGACCUUGUAAAUGCAGGACUUGCUGCUCAUUGGUUCAACGUGGAAAAAUUUGUGCAUGAAGCAGUUCGAGUUUUAAAGCCCAACGGCUGUCUGGCAGUUCAUGCUUUUGUUCCAUUUUUUCAAUUACAAGAUGGCAAUAAUGAUGCAGCGCUAAAUGUUGUUAUGAAGCAGUGUUUAGACAAAAUGUCAGAAUUUAAGUACGAAAACAACAAUAUUAUGCAUCACCAGUAUGAAGAGGUGUUCAAUGCUAUACCAUUAAAAGACAAGGAGUGGGUUACGGACAUCCCCGUUGUAUUUGAAAUGUCUGUUGAAGAAAUAAUAGGAUUUUUUCAGUCUAUAUACAUGUAUCAAGAAUUCCUGAAACAUGAUAAAAAUGCAGCCAUCAGAUUCCUGAUGCAUCUUGAACAGAGGUUCCGUGACAUUCUAGGAGAUGGAUAUGAGUCAGCCCUCAUUAAGGUCCAUAUCAAACACUAUUGUGUCCUAGCCUGCAAAUCAUCAUGAGUCUGGAGAAAUAAUGGACUGGGGAAGAGAUAGUGUAGCAUGUGUCAACACUUUCCUCUUGUAUUCAAAAUGUGUAACAUAUUUAAAGCUCAACAGCAGAACAAGGAACAUUUAGCAGAUAAAUACCAUUAUUUUCUGCCACAUGAUAAUAUUCCAUCACACGAUGGAAGAGCCAGGAAUGAGGACACGUAAGCAGGAAGAUUUCCAACUCUCCAUAUAUAUUUGUUUUUUGUCUCAACUGCCACAUUCAAAAAAUUCAUUUAUGGACACCAACCAUCGGUAA